AUGUGGUCCCGCUGGGCCUGCGUCCUGGCUGUGGCGCUUGCGGAGCGCGUCCAUUUGGCGGAGCAGGUGGGCCUGUUGGAGGAGCAUUUGCCGGAGCUCAAAUCAUGUGAGGAUCUUUCAGGGGGCUACCAAGUGCCCAAGGAGGGCCUUGAGCUGGAGACCUGCACUGUUGGCAAAGCCGUCGUUCAGGUGCACUUGCUCGGCCCGCUCACCGUGCGCGGAAAUGUCACAGUGCUCGGAAACAUCACAUUCCUCGGCAGCGGGAACUCCAAAAGCAUGUCGUUCCAACAGGCGUGCGUGACUAUCGGUGGCACGCUGUCUGUGUCUGGUAGCAUGGUGAUCGAGAAUUGCUGGAACAACGGCGCAGACAGGGCACAUGGCGGCUGCCUCAAUGCCAGCGACCUGGUUCUGGAGGAGGGCCUACUGCGCUUGGACACCUGCAAGACGGCUGGGCUUGGCGGUGGGGCAUCCAUAGGCACUUUGCUCCAGAGGGGUGGUGAGAUGAACGUCUCCAAGUGCGAAUCAAAGAUGGGUGGAGGAGGCCUGAACGCCGGCUCCCUGGUCAUGGAGGGCGGCUUCCUGAACUUCGACGGGGGAACUACUUUGGGCAACGGCGGAUGCGCGCAGGUGACCACUGUGCACCAGAGGGCAGGAGAGGCGCGCUUCAUCCAUUGCGUGGCAGCUGGAAAAGGAGGAGGCCUCGCUGCGCAGUCCUUGGCGCAAGAUCGAGUUGGUUCCAUGCGCUUCGUCGACGGCGUUGCGCGGAAGCAUGGCGGUUGCGCGUAUUUGCAGAAAACGACCGCGAGUGGGAACCUUUCGUUUGAAAGCUGCAGGACUCAGAAAGGCGGCGGAUGUGGCUAUGCCAAAGUACUACACCAGUCGAAGUCAGGCCAGCUGAUUUGCCGCAAUUGCACAGCCGAAUCUGGCGGAUGCCUUUUUGCAAAGCGAAAGCUGGACAUUGGGGGCGUUCUGAAGGCGUCCUCCGUGGCCGCACCUCGGGGCAGCGUGCUGCUGAUGGCGAGAGACACGCCUGCCACCUUGCAGCGCUUGGAGAUACAGCAAGCCCGGGGUGUAGCCCUGGACGGGCGACGGAUGAACAUUUCGGAGUUGGUCCUGGGCCCUUCCGAUGCCCCCUUCAGGGUCAGGGCGAGCGACUUAUUUCUGGACUCAGCCAACUGCAGCUUGAUGGAAGAAUGUACCUUCCAGCAGCACGAGGCGCAAGGGCGGGCGGAAGAGGCCUACUCGUGUUUCUAG